UGCCUUCUGGUUCCCCAGAGUCCGACGUGGUGCUCGACUCACAACCAGUCGGGCCGGUUUGAGUCCCGGUUCGUUAGCGUCGGCAUCCAGAAGUCUCCGUCCCUGUGGCUCAGCGGCAUGGAGGGCUCGGCCCUGGGGGUCUGGGUUGCACAUGGAGAAGGUCUGAUGCACUUCCGUAGCCCUCUGGUUCAGGACCGGAUUGUUUCUGGUGGUCUCGCCCCAUUUCGUUACCUUGACGACCAGGGUCUGCCCACCGAGGACUACCCCCAGAACCCCAACGGAUCCCCACGGGGGGUGGCGGGGCUCUGCUCUGGGGACGGGAGGCAUCUGGCCCUGAUGCCCCACCCGGAGCGCUGCACCCUUAGCUGGCAGUGGCCCUGGGCCCCCCCGGCCCUGCGGCCCUCCCUUACGCCGUCUCCGUGGUUACGCAUGUUCCAGAAUGCGGCGGCCUGGUGCAGCACCGUGGCACCGUAGUACUUCUGUGGUACUUCUGUGGUACUGUUAGCAGUAUAAUGAUGUCAUACUUCAGGAUUUAAAUGUUUUGAACCAAUCGAGUCUUUUUAAUAUGCAAUUUACUAAUAAAUACAUCAUUCUACAGCAGAA